AACACGCAUGCGCGGUCAAGAUUGCUCCCGGAAGUACUACACACGUGUAGCCUUUGACAGCUAGUCCUUGAAAAGACUACAAAACAAGCGGCGGCGAAGGGGCUCACAACAAACCGCUUUAGCGAUGGCGACGAGAAGACUAAUAUAUCCCAUCUACCAGAUGGGCAACCCUCAGCUGAGGAUCUUCAGGCCUGACUGGACGCUGACACUCGUCAAAUCAGGGAAAGCUCAGCCGCCAGACACGGUGCAGUUUCGCAUUCCCAUGGCAAUGACCAAGUGUGAUGUGAAGAGUUACCUGGAGAGGAUCUAUAACGUUCCCGUAGGCACAGUCCGCACCAGGAUACAGUUUGGCUCCAAUAAGAAGAGGAAUCACCUGAACCAGAAGGUGAAGCAGCCCGACUACAAAGUGGCCUACGUCCAGCUGGCCCAGGGUCAGACGUUCACCUUCCCCGACAUCUUCCUCGAGAAGGACGGCACGCCGGCCGAGGGCUCCAUGGAGGAGAUGCAGCAGAAGUUCAUGGAGGACGAGAAGCAGAGGCAGAAACCUGACCCCAGGAGGGGAGGGGUCACCGAGUGGUUCGGACUGUGAGACAGCCCAUUGACCUGGAAAUCUUUGUGUGUGUGUGUGUGUGUGUGUGUGUGUGUGCGUGUGUGUUUUAUCAGUACGAAUGAUGUAUUGAUUUGUAACGUGACUAGGCUGAUAUCAUUCGAGAUUUCUAUUUCUGUAAGAAACGCUCCACAGUGUGUAAGGAGAGAAGAAUGAGCAUGUGUGCGGGAGAGUGGAGACAUGUGUUUUUUGUGUGUGUGUGUGUGUGUGUGUGUGUGUGUGUGUGUGAGUGAGUGUGUGUGAGGCUGCAGUCCAGUAGCCCAAGCCAGAACAGAACCACAGGAGGAGGAGAGUGGCCUGGCUCCAUCUUUCUAGAAACCAGCCCACCGUACAGAAUCUCCAUCACCUCGGAUGACCUCCUCUCCUUCCUCCUCCUACUCUAACCCGUUGCGCCUCCUCCUUCCUCUCGUUUGCCGUCGUCCACCUCGUUCUCCUUUCUUCUCCUCCUCCACCUCAACACCUCCUCUUCUUUUCGUCCGUCCUCUUCCUCGGGGAUUCUCCUCGGGAUGCACUGAUUUAUCCGGCUUUGGCCUCGUUUCGACUGCCAUCAGCCAAUCGGCCCGUGAGAUGACAUUCGCUGGUCGUGGCCGAUGUUUGUCCGUCCAAAUUUUGUUCAGGGCUCAAGACUAAUGGUGUCCCAUUGAUGAAAAUAAUGUGUUUGGGUUGGAAAACGUCUUCUCUAGGACACUCGGGGAUUUUAUCAUCAUUAUUAUGAUUCCUGUCACUUAGAAAAUGAUAAAUUGGAUCGACUGUGCACUACAGAGGCAGACUACAGCUAAGUGUCUCUCCUAUUACUGUUGCCGUCAGUCAUCGCUGGCUGUCCCCUUCGUCCACUGAGACGUGAGACCUGUGAAAAAAUGCGAUGAUUCGGAAAUGUUCCUGCGGUGUCGACCGUUUCCCCCCCGCGAGGCGAGCCAAACAUGUUGCACCGUUUAGAGUUCAGCGGAGCCGCCGUCGCAGAGGAAAGUGACACGCAGACUUGACCGCCAAACACCGGGGACUCGCAUCUCUGGAGCCGAGUCGGCCUUCGAGUCAGCACAGGACAGGGGGGUUAGGAUCAGAACCGGCGCCGAGUUGGAACGGGGUCACGAUUUUGCGUCCUUCUCCACGCCGCUGUCAGCUCCUCGUUCUUACUAGAGGUCGCAUCGAGUUCCAUUUACGAUGUGUUGAAGCCCCGUUCAGUACAAAUGAGCGUCGGGCGAAGAUAAAUUAUCAUGUUAUCACGAUGUGUUCAAACGCAGUCUUGCAAAAUAUGUUUUUUGGCAACAAAUCGAACAGGCCUCAUUUGCUUGAAGGCGAAAUUGGUGGGAGUACGUAUUUGUGCAGCGCUUUUAAAAAAAAGAGUUUGAAAAGGUUAUUUUGUCAUGUGAAAGAACAUGAUAUUAAACACGGUUUCAUAAAUUUUGCAUGAUUGGAUUUAUGCUUUAGACCUCGAACAGAUCAGUUU